GAAUGUACUGCUACAGCAAGGAAGUAUCCUCACCGGAGAGUAAAGACAAAAGAGUCGAACGCGUUUCCCCCUCUUUCAACCAACUUAUAGCCUAUUUUGGAAGGGAUCUGUUUUUACAAGGCGGAACCACUAUUCUUUCGAUUUUGACAUCGACGUUUUCAAAUUAAAUAAGCACUGGACUCUUAUAUUUUGUGUUAUGUGAUAAGUUCAAAAGCGGAUUUCCAGAUAUUUUACCGUUACUGAUAUCUGUUAUGUCCCGCUACUGAAGCAGUUAGGACAUGUUUGAUUCGUCCAGACCACAAAAUCGGUCCAAUGGCACGACCACCCUAAUUGGGAGAGGGAAAAUCGGAGAGUCGCAUCCCUGUGGCGGAGCAACCUCGAGUUCCAAACUGUCAGAUUACCCCCAGUCCUGCGAAGGGAACCAGCAGUCACGGGGAGGAAUAAUGAUGCCGACGAAUAGUCUGCUUGGUUUCCAGUCGAGGUCGCCUCUUUUCAGAACAACAUCCACGUCCUCCAGUGGAUAUUUUUCGUUCGACUGCGACUCUAUUCCAAGCUCGCCACUACUAAGAAAUAACAAGUCGACACAGACUCCGAGCCCAUCUAGUCAAGUUAUUACUCACGCAAUGAGGCGCUUGUCUAAGCCACAAGACACCUGGCGAGGUUAUGAAGCGUGGCCCACCCCCCACCACCCCUAUAGACCACGGCCACCACCAAUAGCGGGGGACAUGCGGCCGGAAAUACUGAUCGGUCAGGAGCUUCAGCGCAUUGGAGAUGAGUUUAACAACCUGUUCAUACAUGGGCGUCUUGGGGCAAGAAAUGGUCAGGUUGCCCAAGCAAACCUUCCUCAGAUGCACCAAGAACCUGCCUUUCUACUGUGGAUGGGCCUCCUGAUUGGUCGACUAUUACAGAUCAUUUGGCGGAGAAGAUAAUAGGCAGACAGAAGCCUCAUUCCUAUAGAGCACACACCUGGGAGAAUUCUGUCAAAUUAUGUCAAAUGUAACAUUUUCAGAAUGGAUCCUCCUGCAAAUGUGCACCUAUACAACUUUUUCUUGAUGUUUUUUUUUUUUUACUUUGACUUAAGAUUCCCUGAUCCAGGAUAACAUGGGAGAAUACAUUUGUAAACUUUUGGGAAUACUGUCUUUGGGAAUUCUGCAACACCUGGAAUUUGCAACUGUGAUUCCUGUGUGGAUUUGGAAAGAUGAGCCAAAUCAAACCACCAAAGAUGGAGUUGCCUGUUACGGAUCCCUCACAUGAAAUUUUCCAUGUACAUACUGCUUUGUGGAGGUAACAUGUGCCUUGUACAUUUUCUUAAUUUUUUACUGUGCUUUUUUAUUUUUCUGGCAACAGUUUAUCCUUUAUAUUUAAUUUGUUUGUGAGUUCAAUCAUAGUCAGAUUUGGAGAGUUUGGGCUGUGUCUGUUCCUUCUGGUCCUCAUGACAUCUCGCUGUUUUUCUUCCUCAUACGAACUUCAUCUGCAAUUCUAAUUUGAUGUUUCCGGUUCUGUGUCCGCUUCCAUGGAACCAGAUUACACCUGGUUAACAGAGUACUUUGAAGUCCAGGAAUAGGUUCUUUAUUAACUUUUCACAUGCUGAUCUCAGACAAAUGAAGAUACAUUUUCUGGCAUUAAUAUUACCAUAUUAAUAUAAACUUACAUAUAUGGACAUUUUGUGGAUAUAUUUCCUAUUCUAAACAUAUUUGCUACGAAUAUGCAAAGAUUUUAGAGAUUAUCAGAAAAAACGUUGAUACCAACUAUGAUGCCUAAAUCAAUUAUGUCAAGUGUACAUUGUUUCCCCCUGCCGUAAUGAUCAAUCAGACAUUAUUCCAUUUAUUAUGUAGCCUUUGGCUUUGACAGGCUGACAGGAAUGGGAUAGCUGAUCAUGAUCUGUCCGACAUUGGCUACUUGGUAGCUACUUUCCAAAUUAUUGUGGGAUAGCAAUGCCUGGCAAAUCAGGGAAAAGUACACUAUUCUAUUGUUAUUGCUGUUCAUUCCCUGCCCAAUGUGUAGAAUAUUGUCUGUAAUUUUACUUGGCGUGGCAUGAGAAAAAGAUAUCACUCAGCUGACACUCAUGUUGGCCCAGUUAAGUCCCGGUCAGUGCUGCCAGGUCCUUUAAUGCUCAUAGAAGCUUUGCUGGAAAAUAACCAAAAUCUGAGUACCAGGGGAACAGGGGUUUGUCAUUGGAGAGCCACACUCUAACAUUAGCCAGAGGAACAUUAGCCACAGCCAAUGCGUUUAAUGGCAGUUUGAAUGGGUGGGAUAACUCACUGUUCGUGAAAAUGUAGAUGGGUAGACCCGGACAUAAACACGCAACGUUCAAAUUUUAAAGAAUUUGAUCUAUAUUCAAAUGUUUUAAAAGUUGAUGUGCUUUUGACCUGUGGUGGUGUAAAUGUGUUUUUAAAGAAGUUAAAAAGUAAAGAAGGUUCCCUUCUGAUAUUGAGUGUUUCCAUAUUCUGCACCAUGAGUUGUGUUUUAAUUGUAUUUGUUCCCUUAUAUGACCAACAGAUUGAGACUGUAAUUCUGCUGUUUGGAUUCUAUUAAUAAGUACAGUAUAGGUGUAGAUAAGCCUUUCUGCCUGAUCACCACUUUUACAUUCAUUUAUUUUUGUCACUGUUGGCAUUUGAUCUGAAACCCCAUUUCUUCCAAAUUAUAUUUUAUAGUUGCAACCUUGUCACAUCACAAAAACUCACAACGAGCUCGAGAGAGUGGAAGAUCAGGACAUGCAUACCCUGAAACACUGCCAGCCAAGUGAUUCUGCAUCUUUCGCAUUGCUCACUCAUCCAUGAAAUUAGCAAAACCAACAUUGGGAGGAUAAGACAUGCUUCUUUGUCCGAAAACCUAAAUUUUAGCUUGCAGACACCCAACCUCCAUGAGGGAGUCAGUAAAGCUAAAUGAAAAUGUCUCCGGAUGAUGUCUCCCCCAAUCCACCUCAGAUUCCCAGCCAAACACCAGUAUGAGGCAAUGUGUAAUGAAAAUAUUUUCUAACGUAUUUAUUUACAGUUCGUUAGAGGAUUUACAUGCCAAACAUCUGCCUUUUAGAUUUAUUCUCAAAAAUAUGUUUUUCUGGCCACGUACCCAAAAAACUUGAAUGGUAUCUGCAAACGCAAUAUUUUUUAAAAAAGUGUAUCAUGUGUUUCAUUCUGUCAUGUUAUUCUUGGUACAAAAAUGGCGUAUGGCUCUGAAAUGUGUUUUAAAUCUUGGAUGAUGAUUUUUACUGGUGUGGUCGAAUGAAACCAAAGACAUGUCAAAAGUAUAGUAUUUUAGAAGGGUGUCAUGUCUGUCCAAGAAAAUUAACUGAGAGAUGAAUUGUCACCUCAAUCAGCAAAUUGUUCCAUGUACUGUAGAUAUCAUUCCAUUCACGAACAGCAUAGUUCAUACUGUAUUUUUUGUGGAUAGAGACCAGACCAUUGAAAGAAAAGAAAAUGUUUCAGGACAUUUGUCUGGAAAGAUCCAUGAAUUUUAACCAGUGUCAUAUUAGUGAACAAAGUGCAGAUUUGUUUGUCCUACACUAUGAUUACUGUACCCAGAAUUCAGUCUGUUCAGGACCCCUUUGCACUGAGUGCAGACUGACAUUAAUGAUCUAGCUGACUCACAGGACCCAGUACCUUUGUAGCAAAUUUCCUUUUUUUUUUUUUAUCCUUUCUAAUUUGCACUGAAAUGUUUUAAAUUGUGCAAUACUGCUGUGCCUGUAUAAAGCCUUUUUCAUCUUUUUAAAAAUGUGUUUCUGGAAUCUUUCUUCAUUGAUGAUUAAACCACAUCCUUUUUCAUAAUAAGCCGAUGCCAUUGUUCUAUAACUUGAAUCACACAUUCAAAAUCACAAUGAAUAUCAAAGUGAGUUCAUAGAAAGUGUGACCAAAUGUCUUUAGCCUAAACUCUCAUUUACACAGCAUACAACUGUAUGCAUGUCUUAAUUUGUAUCAUGCAGUAAGAACAUCUUAAUGGAGAGAGAUGGUUCAUGAACCCCUUAGCAUUUUGUGUAUUUCUGCAGGAAUAUGUACUUAUAUCAUCAGAUAUUCAUCUAUUUACUAAUUCUAGAUUAAUCUUUGUUUUACUGUUUCUGUCACUGACUCUUGUGAAUUUGCUUAAAUAAGGCAGUUGUGUAAUGCACUGCAUAAAUGCACUGAUUGCUGUGUUUUCUCAGAGUAAAACAUUCUGAAAAAGACGAAUGUCACAAAUUCCCCAAACAUUUCAGUUACAUCUUCUGAAACGUUACUUCUGAUCUUUGCUGUUUUUAGCUGUUACUUUCACAGCUGGAGCUACUUAAGAUAUUGUUUUGUUUUUAUAUAUUAUAGAUAUGAGAAACGCAAUCCUAAACCAACUUCCUUAAAAAGGUUGUAGAAACUGUUUAUCAAAGUAGUGUUUAUCUUUUACAAGUAGCAGAUAAACACAAUGUCAUUGUAAUCAAAUGACAAUCAAUCAAAUGACAUCUGGGAUACCAGAUCCUAAAGCUCCAUUUCACUACAAAUUUAAUUAGCAAAUUUGGGGAAAACAAGGUCAAAGAGUUUUAAAAAAAUAAGUAAUUUACUACCUUUUAAUUUCUUUAUUGAGCAAAUUGAUCCAAGAUCAAUUGUCUUUGUUGGAAUACAUACUAGAUUCAAACCAUUAGAUUCAUCAGGUCAACAAAGUGUAUUCAAGUUGUCAGAGCUGUAGCAAAGAAUAUUAUUACUUUUUGUUAUUACCAUCCAAAUAAAUAAUAAUUUCUGUCUUUUUUGUUUCAUCAGUUUCACUGGACCUACAGUACUUUUAGGAUAUAUAAUGAAUACAUGCUAAAUGAUUUAUCUAAUAUAGAACACACUUGAUUUGUGUAUCCCUGUUAAAAGAUUGAGUAUCUCUUCCUCUGUGCGGUGGCCAUGCUUAUCUCUGAUAAUCUGCAGGACACGGAAAGUACGGUAUCUUCCCCAGCUUGGCACAAACAGCCCAAGAUAAUUAUACAUCCGUAUUCAGCCAGUCAUUGGCUUCUUCGCUCAGCUCCAUGUGACUCAGUCUAGGGUAAAUUCCACCCUGUACAGAGAAACCUGUUAAACACUGUGGAGAAUGUAGAGCGAAUUAUAAGAAACAAUACAGUACUGACACAACAGUAGGUAGGUUUUCAUUCAGAUCAGACUCCAGAGUGUAAACAUUUGGUUUAAUUAUGUGCAUGACCUGUGAAAUGAGUCAAAAGGAAUGAGCAAUGAUGCACUCUUUCUCUUGCAAACUUAAUUGCAAACUGCAAGGUCAUGUCCCUCAUCCUGUUUCACCUAAAUACAUUCUACACAUAGUUCCUUCUACUCACAAGGAACAAACUUACCACAGUGACCCAUUAGGUGCACCAUGAUGGAUUGUCUGCCAUUUUGAUUGUCUGCCAUUUUGAAUUUUGUGAAAUAAAUGUAAACCUCUGACACCAAAUGACUGAUCUACAAGAAACUUGAUAUGCAGUAUUCAUUGUCACUAUUGAUCAAUAAACAUUAAUGUGGGCGGGGCCUGGCACAUCAAUGUAUACAAGUAAUUCAAAAACAAGGUAUUUGUAUUACAGCUUUUGGUACAUAUGCAAGUACAUUUUAAUUGAAGUAGUUUAGAUGAUGUGCUUUUCCAGAGCGGCUUCCAGUGGUGUGCAUAAUUUGUGCCCACUUUUUCACAAUAUUGACCCCACAACCCUGGCAUACUGCUUGGGUAGCAGGGCAAUAUACAUGGCCCUUGACAUUUUCAAAUGACAGUUUAAAAGGCAGACAGGUGGAUACAAUCAGGAACGGGUGGCUGGAUAGAAUGCCGCACUUACGGGAUGAUGCAUAGAAAAGGAAAUAAGGCAAGACUAGAGAGAACAGACAGAAGGUUGAGAAAUUGCAAUUGCAAACCUGAUUUUUCACCACUAAACAAGGCAAGCUACUGUAGCUAUCUAACUAAUAUAGUAAGCUUGGCUUGGCUUGACUAGAUGUAACAGCAGUUAACAGCACAUAUGCUCAUUUUUCCUAGCUACAUUAACUAGCUAGAUAAUUAUGCUACCUGUCUGAAUGUAAUUUUUUGAAUGAAAAGGGGUCAGCAAGCUCAAACAGAGUUGGAGCCAAUUUGGUUAGUGACAGUGCGUUUGUACUAGUAACACUACAGUAGGUAAACAUUUAUAGUUGAUAUGUGUCAUGCUCGAUUGAAAUGAGUCUCUUAUCACAAUUCUGUCAAACAACGG